CUUCUCUCUCUCAGUCUCACCAGAGCAUUCGCUUGCAGCUGCUCGAAUAAUUAGAUAGCAUCAAUGGCCUCCACCGCGAGCUUCUUGGCCACCCUGGCCAGCUCCACCGCCACAGCCAGCCUGAGCGCCACGCCUGUCAGUGGCGGCAGCAGCAAGGUCAGGUUCCUGCCGGCGACGGCGCAGAGGCGGCGCGCGGUGGUGCUGCGGGCGGCGGUAUCCGGCGCGGAGAAAGAGAAGGCGAAGCCGUCCGAGUCCGGCGACAAGGGUGGUAAGGACGCGCGCGUGGUGCAGGUACACAGCGCAGAGGAGCUGGACAGCGCGCUGCAGGCGGCCAAGAACCGUCUGGUGGUGGUUGAGUUCGCGGCGAGCCACAGCGUGAACAGCAGCCGCAUCUACCCGUGCAUGGUGGAGCUGAGCCGCACCUGCGGCGACGUGGACUUCCUGCUGGUGAUGGGCGACGAGUCGGAUGCGACGCGGGAGCUGUGCCAGCGGGAGGGCAUCACCCAGGUGCCGCACUUCUCCUUCUACAAGGGCACCGAGAAGGUGCACGAGGAGGAAGGGAUCGGGCCCGACCAGCUGGCCGGCGACGUGCUCUACUACGGCGACAACCACGCCGCCGUGGUGCAGCUGCACAACCGGGCGGACGUGGAGGCGCUCAUGGCGGAGAACAGCGGCGAGGACGGGAAGCUGCUGGUGCUUGACGUCGGGCUCAAGCAUUGCGGGCCGUGCGUGAAGGUGUACCCAACCGUGGUGAAGCUGUCGCGGACCAUGGCGGACACCGCCGUGUUCGCGCGCAUGAACGGCGACGAGAACGACGCCUGCAUGGAGUUCCUCAAGGACAUGGAGGUCGUGGAGGUGCCCACCUUCCUGUUCAUCAGGGACAACAAGAUCGUCGGCCGGUACGUUGGCUCCGGCAAGGGGGAGCUCAUCGGAGAGAUCCUCAGAUACCAGGGCGUCAGGGUCACAUACUGAACAAAAGCCCCGCAGCGAGAAGCGAGCCACCUGGGAUUAUUUAUCUACCAUACUUUUGAAUUUGGCCAAAGGAAAGGAGUGCACAUUGUACACUCAUGUUAUUGCAGCAUCAAUCGAUGCUACGUACUCCACUAGAUAAUUAGACACUGCUCUAUGUUUAUCCUGGAUUGGCCAGUCAUGUACGAUUAUAGCAGUAGCAGAAUUUUUGUGUCAAGUUACAACUUUACAAUUAUUUACUGUGAUAAUCGAGCGUUGUAUUGCUACAGUUACGGUAUGAGAAUUUAAGUCCUGUUUUAAAUC